AUGAAGUCAUCAAGUUUUGGAUUUGGCCAGAAUAAAUUUUCUGUUAAUGCAAAGGCAAAUGAAAAUGAAGGUUUAGAAAUUGGGUUUAAAGAUUCCAAUUUAGAUAUUGCAAGCAAGUAGCAAUAGUAAUUUUAUGAUAAGAUAGAAUAAGCAAACUAGAUAGGAAAAUAGUUAUCUAACAACGCAUCAUCUAUAUAAAAAUAAGCAGGUGAUUUAGCAUCAAAUGCAGAAAAGCUCUCAAUGAAGGAAUUAGGAAAAGAUAUAAAUGUUGCUAAGUCAACUGUUAAAUAAGCAGAAAACAUUUCUUCUUCUAUAACUGGAUUUGGAAAAAGUAUAAAAAAUGCUGAGAAUGCUUUUGAAAAAAAUAUAUCGACAAAUGCAUCUGUAAAUAUUGAUGGAGGUUUUAACAUUAAAGUGAAUGAUAAUAGUGCAUUUGGGUUUUCAGGAUUAAAAUCUGUCUAAAAACAAGCAGAAUCUACAGGCAAAUAAUUAGGAUAGCUAGCUCAAAAUGUUGAAAAUAUAGGCGAAAAAGGAUUGUCUUUGAAUAACUCUCUCAACUCAAAUUUAAUUGGAAAUCAAAGCAUUAAAAUAAAUGAAAAUAAAUUAGGGCUGCCAGGAUUUAAAUAGGCUUCAAACUUAUCAGAAUCCUCUAUAAAAUAUGCAGAUAAAAUGAUAAAAGAUUCAGAAAAAGUAUAUGACUCUACAAAAAAUUAAUAUUCUGAAGCUGGAGGCUUGUCUUUCGGGAAUACCAAAAAUUUCUCUAACAUAGGCGCGAAAGUAGAUUAACUAAAUCCUCUUGGACGCUUAGAAGAUGAAUACAAAAAUGAUUUAAGCAAAGUAAACCAGUUCUCCAGUGAUAUGAACAAAAAUUUUAAUUCUUUAAAUGAGAGUUAUAAUGAAGCAAAUAGGUAAAUUGGUUCUCUGAAUCCAUUUGUUUAGAAAAAUGAUUUGGCUAAUUUUCAUAAUAUUAACAACGGGUUUGAAAAAACAGUGAAUGGUGUGAAUUCUUUAGUAAAGUCUACUAAUGGUUAAUAUAUUAGCAAAGCUUUAGAAUAAGAAACUUAAGAUAAUUCUGUUGAUAUUAGCUCUAGAAAUCCAUUUUAAUAAAGUCAAUUCAACAAAUUUAGACCAGAUCCUGUAAAUACUAAUUAAAGUGAAAGUGUUUUAGCAGCAAAACAAGGCAAAAGAAUAUUUUAGUAAGAACUACCAUAAAAUAGUUUGCAAGUAAUGAACAAUGGUAAAAAUUUAAACAGCAGCCAAGUUAUUUAGGUGUACGAUGAAAAAGAAGAAAAAGUAAAAGCUGGUAAGAUGCUUAAAAAUAUCCCAUGGGCCUUGCUAGGUAUAAUAGGUUUAUGGACAUUUAUAUUUAUGAUAUCAGAUAUUAUAGACUAUUCUAAUUGGAAAUUUGUUCAAGAAAACUCUUUAACAAAUGUAGCUAGUUGGUAUUCUUCGGAUUUAAAGAUGCAAUAAGCUGCUUUAGGGUAUAAUGGAGGAUUAGGAAGGAAUUAUAUUUCACUAAUUGAUUUUAUUCUUUUCUAUUAUAUCACGAAGAUUUUCUAUAAUUUAUGGCUUACUAAUGAAUAUUUUGCUGCAAGUACAAUAAAAAAUUUAGUAACUGUGGUGCUAUUUUUGAAAGAUAUAACUGUUAUAAUUCUAGCACUUACAGCAGGAAAUUACUCAUCUUUUUCUGGAUGGUCAGGUUUUGGGUUUUUCUGGCUUUCUACUUUUGCAAAAAUUAGUAUUAUCCUAAGUUUUUCUAAAAUAUUUUUCUUUCGUUUAAAUUAUUUCAGAUAAUUUUCAUAACAGAAGGAUUGUUGUUGUCAUAUUCUAACUAAUUGGGGUAAUAGUUUAUACAACUGGGCUUCAGCUGGUGGUUAAAGAAAUGCUGAGUUAAUGUUAUCUUUAUUAAUUUUUGGAUUAUAUAUUCCUUUAAUCCUCCAUUGCAUAGUUGGUAUAAUAGAAUCUACUUAUGUUCUGAUCAUUUGGAUUUCUAUACUUUUCUUCCUUUAAUAGUUUAUUUAAUUAUGCUUUGAAAUAUGUAAACCACGAAGUGAGCAAGGCAAUAAGAAUUUGGUAUAAAGACUUUUGGACAGUUAAAAAUAAGGUAUAUCUGAAUUAGCAGGAAAAUUCUGGGUUUACUUUACUUUGCUAUAUGUAAUAAUACCUGGAGUAGCUAGUGUUAGCUUCGGUGCUAAUUUCAAGAAUGCUAUUUAAUUCCACUUUAACGGCUAAUAACUUAUGUUUAAUUUCUUUUCUAUUCCUGCUUCUGGUAGUGGAUAUGAAGAUACUAUGACUUUUAUUUGCAAUUUACUUUCACUUAUUUGA